AUGGGAGCACCCCCCCCCCCUCAUAUGUUGUUUUCUUAUCUUCUUCUUUGUUAUCUAUCUAUCUAUCUAUUUAUCUAUCUAUCCUAUGUCUGUUCAUUAUAUCUAUCUAUCUAUCUAUCUAUCUAUCUAUGUCUGUUCUAUCUAUCUAUCUAUCUAUCUAUCUAUCUAUCUAUCUAUAUCUAUGUCUGUUCAUUAUCUAUCUAUCUAUCUAUCUAUCUAUCCUAUGUCUGUUCAUUAUCUAUCUAUCUAUCUAUUCAUCUAUCUAUCUAUCUAUCUAUCUAUGUCUAUCUAUCUAUCCUAUGUCUGUUCAUUAUCUAUCUAUCUAUCUAUCUAUCUAUCUAUCUAUCUAUCUAUCCUAUGUCUGUUCAUUAUAUCUAUCUAUCUAUCUAUCUAUCUAUCUAUCUAUCUAUCUAUCUAUCUAUCUAUCUAUCUAUAUCUAUCUAUCUAUCUAUCUAUCUAUGUAUCUAUCUAUCUAUCUAUCCUAUGUCUGUUCAUUAUCUAUCUAUCUAUCUAUCUCAUCUAUCCUAUCAUUAUCUAUCUAUGUCUAUCUAUCUAUCCUAUGUCUGUUCAUUAUAUCUAUCUAUCUAUCUAUCUAUAUCUAUCUAUCUAUCUAUCUAUCCUAUCAAAUAUGGUCUAUUCCAUGUUCACGGUAUUUCUGCAUUUUCUUUCAACCCUCUCAUAUUUAUAACUCCUCUUGGGUGUAAGGCUAACACUUACAUUGUUCCUCAUCCCUGA